AUUUCUGUUCAAAAGCCACCCUACUCUUCCUAUCCGUCUUUCUCCAGCCCAGACACUCAUAGCCCCCUGCCAGACCAGGGGAACUCGGAGAGGCAAGGACAGAGGUUCAGGAUCUUCCUCUCCCUCGGGACCCGAGGCCACAAAGGAGAGCUCCGUGGAGAGAAGGUAGUACUGCAUCUCUUCCCAGCCAGAAUACGUGUCAUUUUGAAUAUAAAGAGGAUGAGAGACACACGUUUGGACAUCUCAAAAACAAAGACAUCUCCAACCUGCCAAGAAAAUCAUUUGACUCCUGGGGACACAGAUUUGGUGCCACAGAGGCUGAUGGACAACCAGGCAGAGGAAGAAAGUGAGGCUGGUGUUGGUUUGCAAAGGGAUGAGGAUGACGCUCCUCUGUGUGAAGACGUGGAGCUACAAGACGGAGAUCUGUCCCCCGAAGAAAAAACAUUUUUGAGAGACUUUCCCAUAUUGAAAGAAGAUCUAAAAGGGACCAUUGACAAGCUCUGUGCCCUCGCAGACGAUAUUGACAAAACCCACAAGAAAUUCACCAUAACUAACAUGGUGGCCAACUCUGCUGCUGUCACCUUUAGAGUGAUGAGCCUCCUGGGUUUAGCCCUUGCCCCAGUAACAGGAGCAGGAAGCCUGCUUCUCUCCACCGCUGGUCAAGUUUUUGCAACAGUAGCUGACGUCACCCACAUCGUGAGUGGUAUGUUGGAACGCUACAAAAAUAAAAAAGCCCAAGCACAGGCUGAAGACAUACUGCCCACCCAUGACCAAGAGGACAGGGAGGAUGAGGAAGAUAAGGCACACCAUGUCACAGAUGCUGGAAAGGUUAUCAGUAAUGUUGGAAACACCACGAAGUAUACCAAGGAAAACAUCCGUGCAUUUCAGAAACUCAGAGCCAACCCACGCUUGGCCAAUGAUGCCAAGCGUCUUCUGACCACUGGCCAAGUCUCCUCCCGGAGCAGCGCGCAGGUGCAAAAGGCCUUUGCGGGAACAACACUGGCGAUGACCAAAAAAGCUCUCAUAUGGGAAGGUGCGAUGUCCGUCUUCUCCCUUGGCCAUGACUUGGCCUCUCUCUCAAAGGAAUGGAAGCACCUGGAGGAAGGAGCAAGGACAAAGUUUGUGGAAGAGUUGAGAGCCAAGGCCUCGGAGCUGGAGAGGAAUCUCACAGAAUUCACCCAGCGUUACGAGAGCUUGCAGCAGAAAGUGAGGUCAAGGGCCGGAGGGGUGGGGAAGGUCAAGGCUUACUGAAAGGGGUUAAGGGAGCAUGUGUGGAUGUGGGUGUGGCUGUGUGUGUGUCUGUAUGUCUGUGCGUAUGUAUGGUUUACAUGAAUGUUCCUCAGGACAUGGCAUACAAUGGCCUUGGAGGUCCAAAUAAUACCAAGUACAUCUUGGAGAUGAGGGUGCCUGUCCUGGACAGACCUGGGCAUGCCUUCUGUUUCUCCUUCAAUGCUCCUUAAGGCCUAUGUGCUGGGAAAAGGGUCUUCCCUGUUUGUUUGUUUGUUUGUUUGUUUGUUUGUUUUGAGACAGGGUCUCUGUUGCCCAGGCUGGAGUGCAGUGGCGUAAUUUCGGCUCACUGCAACCUCUGCCUCCUGAGUGCAAGCAAGUCUCCUGCCUCAGCCUCCCAAGUAGCUGGGAUUGCAGGCACGCACCACCACACCCAGCUAAUUUUGGUAUUUUUAGUAGAGACAGGGUUUCACCAUUUUGGUCAGGCUGGUCUCGAAUUCCUGAUCUCGAAUGAUCCACCCACCUUGGCCUCCCAAAGUGCUGGGAUUACAAGCAUGAGCUACCCUGCCUAGCCGGGUCUUCCCAGUUUUAACAAAGAGGUCACUGAGCCACAGGGGGAGUUAGGAACUAAAUUGUCUCCUCUUCCAAAUUCAUAUGUUGAAGUCCUAAACCAAAAUGUGGCUGUAUUUAGAGAUGGACCCUUUGGGAGGUAAUUAGGGUUGAAUGAGGCCAUAGGGUGAGGUCCUAACCCGAUGGAAUUGACUUUCUUAUAAGAGGAGGAGGAAAUACAAGAGGGCCUCCCCACCCCUGCUGCACACCUGCACUGAUGGAAGGCUGUUUGCAGAUGCAGCAAGAAGGCAGCCGUCUGCAAGGCAGAUGAAGAGAGCCCUCACCAGGAACUGAAUGAGUCAGUCAGUCUGGGACUUCCAGCCUCUAGAACUGUGAAACAAUAAAUUUCUGUGGUGUAAGCAACUCAAUCUAUAGUAGUUUGUUACUAUUUUGUUAUAGCAACUGAAGAUGGCUAAGCCAGGCAGGUUAUGUCACUCACCAAGUGUCUUAGUCUGUUUGUGCUGCUAUAACAAAAUACCUUAGACUGGGUAAUUUACAAACAACAGAGAUGUAUCCAGAGAUCCACAGUUCUGGAGGCUGGGAAGUCUAAAAUCAAGGCACCAGCAGAUUCCACAUCUCAUGAAGGCUCACUCUCUGCUUCACAGAUGGCACUGUCUUGCUGUGUUCUCACAUGGCAGAAGGGGCAAACAAGCCCCCCUGGGCCUCUUUUAUAAAGGCACUAAUUCUAUGCCUAAAGGCAGGGACCUCAUGACUCUAUUACCUACCAAAAGGCUCCACUUCUUUAAACUAUUGGAGGGGGUAGAAGGAACUUCCUUUCUAGACCUUGAAGGUGUAAGAAUUUGAAUCUAUAAAACAAGCUGACAAUAGACAGAUUAACAGGAGAAAAGGCAUAUACAUUUUUUAAUGUGGGCCAGAGAGCGGAAGCUUAAAUAGCACCCCAAGCUACAGGAAGUGAGGCCUCUGAUGGGGAGGUAGUGACACAGGCUGUGGGAGGGGGUAGGGGGAGGACGUGUGUGGUGAGCAAAGUUUGCCUUAUUACACUGAUAAAGUGUAAUUACACUAAUAAAGAUGGAUCACCUGAGGUUAGGAGUUUGAGAACAGCCUGGCCAACAUGGCAAAACCCUGUCUCUACUAUAAAUACAAAAAUUAGCCAGAUGUAGUGGCAGGGUACUUGUAAUCUCACCUACUCAGGAGGCUGAGGCAGGAGAAUCGCUUGAACCCAGGCUGUAAAGGUUGCAGUGAGCCAAGAUCGUGCCACUGCACUCCAGUCUGGGUGACAGAACGAGACUC